GAUGGGGUCGCGAUAGCAAAGCAGCUCGAAGAGAAGGAGCAGCGAGUUCAGGAGCUCCUGCAACGUCUGUCCAUGACAGAGACGGCGCUGCGCGAGCCGAGCGAGCUGAUGCUGUCGGGAGAUACCGUGGUCGCCGACCUGCACGAGCGCUUGAAUUCGGAGGAGAAGCGUCGAAGAGAAACUGAGGGCCUGGUUGCUGAUCGCGAGGGCGAGUUGAAGCACCUGCGCCAGAGAUUGAGUGGUGAGGAGAAGGAACGUCAGGAUCGGGAUCAGCAGCUGCAGCAGUUCGAGACCAGCUUGCGGGACGUGAAGCGCGAGAAAAGCGAAGUGCUCACACGACUCUCAGCGAAGGAAUCACAAAUUGUUGAGCUCCAGCGGCAGCUGGCGGAAGAGCUUGCGCAGAGACAGGAAGCACAAAAACAGCUCGUGGAAAAGGAAAGGGCCGUGAAGGACAUGCGGGAGCUGCCACUGGAAAGGCUAUCGGCCCAGCAGGCUGUUCAGGAACAAGUGAUCGAGAAGGAGAGAGAGGUCUGCAGCCUGCAACAGCAGCUUGCCGACGAGCUCUCGAAGCGCCAAGCUGUUCAGUACCAGAUCAUUGAGAAGGAUCGCGUGAUCUGCGAGCUGCAAUCACAGAUUUCUGAGCAGAGUUCCACCACUGCCCCACAAGAAGGAUACAACGCGGAUGGCACGAUUCUUCAGCCCAUCGAGGAAGACGGGACUUUGAGUACUGAGGGCUACGGCUCGAUCUCCGUUGCUGCAUCAGUGGCCGCGAGCACGGCCCAGGCGACACCAAAGAAGCUUCCUCCGUGGUUGAACUCGCACAGCGUCCGUCAGUCGGUGCCAAUUUCCACGCCCGCCUCGGCUACCCGGAACGCGGCGGAGGUCUGGCUACCUCAAGGAAUGGUGUCGCCUUCAACCAGCUUUCAGCCUGGGCGUGUUGGUGUCGUCUCUGGGCCCAGCUACCAGAGCCCCGGGGUCAACUACCGUGCGCGUGUCUAUGGUGUGUCUCCAAGACACCAGAACAGCCAUUUGCCAAACCAUUUGGCACGUCGUCUUGCCCAAGGGGCAUCGACCUUCACAUAA